AAACAAAGGAUCAAGCUUACAAUAUCAACACUUGAUGAACGUGUUGAAAAACCAAAAUAUUUAUCAAAACAGGACCAACCACCCACACCAAUACUUGACGAACAACGUAUCAAAGAAUCAAAAUAUUUACCAACAAGGGCCGAACUCGCAACACUCAUUCGACCCCAACAUUAA